UGAAACAAUAGUCAAAGCCUUUAUAAACAGUGAAAAUGAUUAAUUCUACGAUCUUAACUUCGACAGAGACAUAAUUAUAAGCAGUAAACAAGCAAGAUGUAAACUACACCGGUCCAGGCGCAAAGGUCACUGGUACUGGUAAGCCAAAACAGCCUGCACGCAUACAUAACAAAACAGUGAAAGAUAAUGAACCUGUUAACGCACUAAACGGCGUUCGGUCUCUCGACAGUCGCGAAGCGGUUUUCAGUCGAGCAAUACUGCAGAACUACGAACGUGCAAUGAUGAAUGGGAAUAACAGAGAGAUUCUAAUUGAAGCCGCACCACAACGCUUAGAAGCUGCUUACAAGGAAAUAUUUACCACCGAAGCAAUGCAAUUUUUGGCCCAAUUAAUAUCGGAAUUUGACUCAGAAGUUGAGCUGCUGUUACAAAAUCGUAUCAAGCGUAAAUUACUGAUUCAAGAAGGCAAAUGGAGACCGGAAUUCUACAACCGUAGUGAGUCUUUUGGAUGGACAAUUGAUGCUUUGCCGGAACGAUUGCGUAAUAGAAGGCUCGAUCUUGGUGAUGUGAGUCCAGCCAACACGGUUCACUUUACAGAUUGUUUGUAUGCUAACGUGCAGGGAAUUCAGGUUGAUUUUGACGAUGGACACUGUCCUACUUGGCGUAACACGGUGCAAGGCAUUUGUAAUGUAACACAGGCAGUACAUGGUAAGCUGCAGGGUGCCCCAGCAGAUGUGCAGUCGUACCCUUUGCUAAUGCUGCGCCCAAGGGCGUUCAACAUGAUCGAGCAUCACUGCAUUGUAAAUGGAAAGGAGGUGAUUGGCCCACUGUUUGACUUUGCAAUACUUAUGUACCAUAAUGCUCGGAAAAUGGCAAACCUUGGUAUCGGGCCAUAUUUAUACCUCUCAAAGAUAGAGGAUCCGAGUGAAACAAUGCUGUGGAACAAAAUCUUCAUCUGGACCGAGGAUCAACUGAGCUUGCCAAAAGGAACGAUCAAAGCGUGCGUUUUGAUUGAAAACAUCCUCGCAGCAUUCUGUAUGGAGGACAUUCUUUACUCGAUCAGGGAUCAUGCGAUCGGACUGAACUGCGGAAUAUGGGAUUACUGUGCUAGCAUUAUUGCCAAAUUUGGUUGGAAAAGCGAGUUUCUUCUUCCCGAUCGCAACAAAUACGUCAAUAUGGGUCAACCGUUUUUAAGAAAUUACAUGCGCUUACUGAUCAACGUAUGCCAUAAACGGGGAGCGUUGGCAACCGGUGGUAUGGCAGCAACAAUUUUACCAAGAGGAAAAGAAAAAUCUUUGCUAAGCGAUGAAGAAAUAAUAGAAAGCGUUAAAAUGGCCAAAUCGGUGGAAAUUGAUACCGGCGUCGACGGAUUCAUGAUUUACGAUUUACGGAUGGUUGAUGCCAUUAAUGAUUUAUGGGAACGGAAACUUCACUACGAGAAUCAGCUUAACAUUUUACCCAACAUCAAUCACAUCACAGCCGAUAGUUUGCUGCAGAUACCAAGAGGAGGUGUAACGAUAGAUGGUUUAAACAAUAAUAUUACGGUUGCACUGCUUUUCAUUUACCAUUGGCUAACGGGAAGUGGUGUGUUUUUCUUGAACGGAUCAGUAGAAGAUUCGGCGACGGCAGAAAUUUCACGUUCCCAGCUAUGGCAGUGGAUCCGCAUGGGAGCCAUAUUGGAGGAUCGCGAAAACAGCAUCGUCACGCGCAUGCUAGUUUAUCAGAUGAUGGACAAAAUCAUCUCUGCUGCUUACCGUGCAUGGUGCAUUACGCCUCCAGAUCGUAAACGUUUGCUUUCCGCGAAGUACAUGCUGCUGGACGUUAUUUCAUCGCGCCACUACAUCGAAUACAUCACGACGCACCUUAACGACAGUCACAAAUUUCGAACACUACACAAUAAAAACGAUGGUCUGAUGGCGAAGUUAUGAAAACAGAAA